AUGUUUUGGGACGGCCGCAUAUCUGCUCCGCUUCGAACUUACGCCGUCCGAUGAAUCGAGGAAAUCGUUCUUGAGGAGGAAGAAGAAAAGCAGCAAGAGAAGAAUUUAUGGUUUGGGAUUUGUAAUCCGAGCAUCAAAUGGGUUUCCUCCCGUGCGCGGGGAAUUCUUCGCUGUUAUGGUGCGCCUCUGAUUUUGUGCUUAGACGAACCGACAUUGUGUUGAGAUGUAAUAUAUGCCCGCAUUUUCUACUGAUAUGGUGAUUUCAGAGCCGAGGAGAUUUGUAUGUGUGCACCUACUUAUCCAGAAAGAAGCUGGAUAUAUUGGGGUAUCGCGCUAUGAUCCGUUGGAUGAAUUUGGAUAUCGCAGUAAAACCAUGCUGCCAUGUCCCAAUCGCCUGAUAUUUUCCAGCUGCGAGACAAAAUAUGGGUGCUAAAAAGAUGAAAGGGCCCGUUGAUGGUCAGGUCAGCAGCACCCCAGUUGGUGCUGUUGCUGUUACAGAUGGGAGUGUGGGUACCACCCAGAAUCUUCGAACUUCUCUUGGGAGGACUAGUGGUCCUACUAGGAGAUCCACAAAGGGUGGUUGGACUCCUGAAGAGGAUGAAAUAUUGAGGAAAGCUGUUCAGUGCUUUAAAGGGAAAAACUGGAAAAGAAUAGCUGAGUUCUUUAAGGACCGGACAGAUGUCCAAUGCUUGCAUAGGUGGCAGAAAGUUUUGAAUCCUGAACUUGUGAAAGGGCCAUGGUCAAAAGAGGAGGAUGACAUGAUAGUCGAGCUUGUUAAUAAGUAUGGGGCAAAAAAGUGGUCAACUAUAGCACAAGCAUUACCUGGGCGCAUUGGUAAACAAUGUCGUGAGAGAUGGCAUAAUCACCUGAAUCCAGCUAUAAACAGGGACCCAUGGACAGAGGAAGAAGAGCUUGCACUUAUUCGAGCCCAUCAAAUUUACGGGAACAAGUGGGCGGAGCUAGCUAAAUUUUUACCUGGGAGGACGGACAAUGCAAUAAAGAAUCACUGGAAUAGCUCUUUGAAAAAGAAACUUGAUUCUUAUUUGGCUUCAGGUCUUCUUAAUCAGUUCCAGGGUCUUCCUGUUGUGGAACCAUCAGACAAGUGCAUUUCAUCAACUUCUGUUAUCAACCAGCAGAACUCAGGGUUUGAGAGUGCCAAUGAUGACAUUGCUGUCAAUGAGAUGUCAGAGUGCAGUCAGGCUUCUACAUCUGCUGAAGGCCAUCAUUCCGAUAUCCACGGGCUAAAGAAUGCAGCUGCAGUCCAAGUUGCAAAGGAGUCAUUAAACAGUAUUAACGCAGGAAAGGCCAGAAGCCUAAAGGUUGUUCAGGAUAAAGUUCCAUAUAAAUCUGCUGAAGUGCCUCAAACAUUUUCACAGGGAACAACUGCGUGUAUUUCAUCUGAUAGGUCUUCUGGUGAACUGGCUGUGACUGCUACUAUCACGGACAGAAAUAUAGUGCAACCCUCUGGUGAUUUUGCCAGUAGGAAUUACAACAUGAACCUUGAAGAGUUUCCUGCAACUUCGUUUUUGGAUGUUAUUCAAGCCUCACCUGAUCCUUUUAAGGUCCCACACACUUGGGUACCAUGUGGAAAUGAUGCCUAUGCAAAUGACUUGGCAUGUUCUAAUGGUUUUAAUACUGGUACAUCAUUUUGUGGAAUGCUUGUUGGCUCUGAGAGACAGGAGAAUAAAGUUUCUAAUUUAGCAGAUGAUCAUUUUAAAGGUGACUUCUCAGAGGUUGAGGAUUUCUUUUCAAACUCUCAUGUCGAAGAAAAUGAAAAUGCAAAUUUACUUGGUUUCAUGGCUUCAUUUGUAGACCAAUCUGUCUUCAGGACUUCUGAUGCAGAGAAUAUUUUGACUUCAUGUUUACAAAACUACCAGUCAUCUAGCUGUGAUGAAAUUGUAAGUUCUUGCCGUCAAAAUUUAGCAAUGUCAGCUGGUUUUCCAUCAAUUGUUUAUGAUUCAGGUGGCACUAAUGUCACAUGCAAUAAUUAUUUAAAUGCUGACAUUGGAGAGACAUCCAACAAGUUUCAAGAUGCUCUUGCAUUGGUAUAUGAUGGUCCUGCAUCUGAUAGUGUCCCCAGGAAUCAAACUCAUGCUAGUAAUCACUCCAAUAGUUGUCCAUCCAUGGAGAAUGAUGAAAACUUAUCUAUUCCAGAGCCAACCCAGGUGGAGCAGCCAGGUUCCAGUUCAGAUUUUAAUGCAACCUCUACUCCACAAGUUAAAAUUGAAGAUACAGGUUCUCUGUUUUAUGAGCCACCUCGCUUGGAAAUUCCAUUUGUGAACUGUGAUUUGAUCCCAUCUGGAUGUGACAUGCAACAAGCUUACAGCCCACUUGGGAUACGACAGAUGAUGAUUUCUGUUAACUGUUCACCAUAUAAAUUAUGGGAUUCACCAUCUCGUGACAAGAGUCCCGACAUCUUUCUGAAGCAUGCUGCUAAGAGCUUUAUAUGCCCACCUUCCAUCUUGAAAAAAAGGCAACGAGAAUCAUCAACACCAUUGACAGAGCAUAAGAAUGAACCACUAGGAUCAGAAGCAAUUAAUGAUUCAUCUUGUGCCUCGCCAUUGCAUAGAUAUGAAAAAUGCUGCAUAGAUUCACUUUCAGAUGAAAAGGAGAACAUUAUGUCUUCUCUUUCUUCAAUUGAAGGAUCGUUCUUGUCACCUCCUUAUCAACGUAAAAAGAAAGCUGUAAUCACAGAACUUAAAGAGUCUAACAUCAUCAAAGUCCCUUCUGAGAGAGAAGAGAAUGUGGGUUCUCUUAGAGGCAGGUCACCUGAUGAACUUCUGUGUGGAUUGCAGCAUGAACUACAGUCUGAGUCCAGUGCUGCACUUCAUGAGGCAGAUGCCAGCGAGAAAAAUGAUUCACCUUCUGGAGUUCUUCUAGAACAUAACCUGAAUGACUUGCAGUUGUUAUCUCCCACUGGGGGUGGAUAUCUUCUUACGAAGUCUUUCUAUUCUGCUUCUAAAACACCAAAAGCACAGUUUUGUGGGAGGAGAGAAAAGCUGGCAGAUGGUUCUGAUGGACAAUUUGAGUGUCCACAUGGAACUUCAGGAUCUAAGUACCUUCUGUCACCAAGCACUGGUGAAAGGAAGGUGGGCCAGCUUUCAGUACAACGUUCAGCUUCACGGUACUGCAUUACCUCAUCGAACUCAAAACAAACUGAGAAGAGCAGCACAUAUAACAAUGCUGACAUUGCAAGCUUGAGCAUUUUUGAUAGCACUCCUGGUUGUAAGAAAGGGCUUGAUUCUCCUUCGGCUUGGAAGUCUCCUUGGUUUAUAAGUUCAACAUUCUUAGGCCAAAGGCUUGAAACAGACAUAACGCUGGAGGAGAUGGAGUACUUCUUGAGUCCAGGAGACAGAACAUAUGAUGCACUUGGACUAAUGCAACAGAUGAGUGAGCAGACUGCAGCUGCAUUAGAGGAAGCUGAGGAGGUUCUGGCGGGUGAACAACCAGAAACAGCUUCUCUAGUGAACCUGAAACGUUCCGAUGGUCAUAAUUGUUCCAAGGAGAACAUUCCAUUUUCUGACAAUGAACUGGAAAACCUUAUUCCUUUGCCAUCUAGUGCCACGCCUUUCCUAUCAGAACGGCGAGUUCUGGACUUCAGUGGCUGCGGAUCACCUGGUCAUGGUGCAAAUGUUGUUAGAGAGGCUGGAGCACAACAUGGCAGUUCUCUCUUGAAGUUCUCUAGUCCAACCUCCUACCUGAUGAAAGGAUGCAGAUAGCAUCACAUUAUCUUCUUAGUUGUUCCCAUUUUAUGUCCUCUCCGCAAUCGGCGUGCCCAGAUCCUUCCCUCUCUGCAAUCACAAUUAUCUGGAUAUACCCCUUUAAGUAUAUAGGACUGUGUAGGAUCAUCCUAUAAAAUGUUGCAGCCUAUACGGCUCCAUCUAGUAAAACUAAGGAUGCCCAUGUGCACAAGUUAAUGUAUAAUAAGACCUUGAUGUAUUAUUAAUUCCUUAUAGAGCCAUCUAUAUUAUUUUUUCC